UACACAGUGAAGCAUGCUUCUUUUAAGUUUGGUGUUUCUGAUCACCGGAGUCGCCGUCGUCCUCGGCAACGCUCUUCCCGCAGAGUAUAUUGAGCGGGAAGGACGAAUUGUUGGCGGUCAGAACGCUGAGCCUGGCCAGUUUCCGUACCAGGUAUCCCUACGUUCAUCAGCUAACAUUCAUUUCUGUGGUGGUUCGAUCAUCAAUAAUCGGUGGAUUCUGUCGGCUGCUCAUUGUACAAUUUGGAGUCAUGUGAAGAAUACUUUCGUUAUAGUAGGUACCAAUCAGCUUAGCAGUCUUGGUAUCCCAUACAACACCGCUCGUAUCGUGAAUCACCAUUCUUUCAAUUACAACUCGCUGGAAAACGAUAUAUCGCUUGUGCAAACUACGGCACCUAUUGUGUUCAACGAGUUGGUGCAGCCCAUUGGUCUUGCAGCAAACAUCAUUAGCACCGCAGCCGGUGCUGUCACAUCAGGCUGGGGACGACUUGGGUCGAAUGCCAUUGUUCCAGAUAACCUUCAAUGGUUGAGUACUAACAUCAUAACUCUGGAGGAUUGCCGCAAUCGUCAUUCAGCUAUCAAUGCAGCGUUUGUUUUCAACAAUACUGUUUGUACUCUGAGCCCGGUCGGUCAGGGUAUGUGCACGGGAGACGAAGGUAAUCCUCUUGUCUAUGACGGAGUACAGCAUGGUAUUAAGUCGUGGGGUAUUCGUUGUGGUGUCGGGGUUCCAGAUGUUUUUACUCGUGUUUCACCGUAUCGCGAAUGGAUCCUAAGCACUGCCGUUUGAAAUGUGUAGAUGAAAUGCAUGGGCGACAACCAUUGCAGCAACUUUUUCGUGAUAUCUACACCAAAAUGUUCAAAACGAAAUGCGGGCUGUGUAAAUAAAAAACAUAUUAAAAACCGUGAUAA